AUCACAUAGUUGCAUCACAGCUCUGCUCACAGACGCACUUGCAAAUAAGACCAGUAGAACAUUUCCCCUGUAUAGAAAUAUAAAGAAGCAAAGGUGUACAAUUUGUAAAUGACAAAAUGUUACAAUUCAGGAGCUUCGAUGCCGAAAAACAUCAAUUACAGGAGCUCAACAACAGACUGGGCCAGUAUCUGUCAAGAACGAAGCAGUUGGAGCAUGAAAAUGCAAUCCUGAUAACUGAAAUAAACAAGAGAAGACAAGAUAAAACGGUGGAAUGGGAGAACAAAUGUAUGGCCGAAAUGCGGGACCUGAGGAGAACGGUGGGGCAACUAUCCUUCGAGAAGUCCCGAGCCGAGAUGGAACGAGAGAAGUUAUGGCAAGAGUUUCAGAUGUUACAGUCUAUGUGUGGUGAGGAGCAGGUGGUAUGCAAAGACAUUGAUGGAGAGAUGAAAGGUUGCGAAAAGCAGCUUCAAAAAGCUCAACAGACUAAUGGUGCACUUGAGGAACGUCUGUUCCAGCUUGAGAACGAGUACAGAUUUAUUGAGGAUGCGCACAGACAAGAAAUGACCAAGCUUCAGAACCAGGUCCAUUCACGACCUAAUGUUACCAAAAUGUAUCAUGGCCCUCCGGGAGUCUCGAUGGAAGAUAUGCAACAGUAUGCCCUCAGCCUGGCCGAUGGAUGGAUGGACACCUUCGAAAUGUAUCGAAGGAAGGUCGAAGAAAUGGAGGACUCGAUCAAAGCCGACCAGAUGAGGCUGCAUGAUCUCCAAAGGGAAAAGAUACAUUAUGCCGCAGAGUUUGACAAAUUACGCAAAGAGGCUGACACGCACGGUCAGAUUCAAAUACACCUGGAGGAACAGCUCAUAGACAUGCAGGAGAACUUCCAUGGGGACAUCACCAAGUAUCAGGUGAUUAUUGAUGAAUUGGAGAGGGAGCGGGAAAUGUUGGCCAACACCAUGGCAGAAAAGGUCAGAGACCACCAGGAGCUCCUGCAGGUCAAGAUGGAUCUGGGCAUGGAGGUGGCUUACUACAGGGCACUUAUUGAAGGAGAGCAUCAGCAACAUCUGCAGUCAAGAGAAAGAGUCCUAGAUAUUAAGAUGAGGCCUCCACAACACUACAAACCAAGAGUUUCCACCUCAGCCAGACAGGAUGUAAGGAAGCUUCUGGAUGUGAGAUACAUGGAACCAACCUCAAGCUUGAGAAAAUCACCUGUUCCAUCUCAGUAUGGUCGCACCAGUCCUUCCAGGGUCAUACCUAUCUCAGUCACAGGCAGCAGCUAUAAUAGGAAUCAGAGUCCUGCAGCCAGAAGGGACAUGGUCUCGUUCACUAAAUCCCAGUCUGCAUCCUCCACUAUUAAACCUGUGGCCCAGAGUACCGACAAGAAGAAUGUAGAUGCUCAGAAAAAAGUUGUGGAGGAGAGGAGUGUGAGAAUCAAAGAGGUGUCACAACACCCAGCUAAGGAUUCUCUCGGCCAUUCUCGAGGCACAGCAAACAAGUCCAGUCCCAUUGCCUCACCCACUGCUGACAUCAAAUCAGUGAGAAUAGUGUCACCACCAAUGAUGAGUCUGAGCAGAAACACGGAGGAGAACAGCAAAAAGAAAGUAGAGAGGCAAGUUGAAAGAGAGGUGAGAGGAGAUGUAUUUCAUCUUCAGAAUGUCAAGAUGCAUGCCAAAGACGGCAACGUUGCAGGCACCACAACAAGUGAUGAGAUGGUCCUAGACUCUGUGUCUAUGGAAGAACUUAUUGAUAAGGUCAUGAAACCUGCUGGUUUUGAUCGAAUGGUCUGCAGCUCAUCUCCAGACUCCAAAAUCACUUACCAUGUGGAGAAAACGGAGCAGGAGGACGGGUCAACAAAGACACAGAUUAUUCUGGAGUCCAAGGUCCAGGAGGAGCUGGAUAUGUCAGAGGACUCUGCACUGGAACAACUGCUCAGCAAGGGAGUGAAACACGUGUCACUGGAGGAUAUCAAGGGCAGUGAAACAGGAAACAUGAUUCAGAACCUGCUCAGCCUUGGGCUGCAUGGAGGAGAGGACAUGGAAAACAAGUCUGUCAAUGUGGAGAUCAUUGAGGAACCAGUGGAGGGUUACAGUGACGAGGAGUACGAGUUUGAGGAGAAGUCCACACCCAAGUUCUCCGAGCCCUCUUCAAUGUUCUUCCAGAUUGAAGAACUAGAGAAUGACCCCCACGGCACCAAAUACCAUGAGAGUGUUGAUGAAGUAAUGAAAACCUCCAUGACAGAUGAAAACUAUGGCAGGAAUGGUGGAUCUGUGAAGGUCCAGGAAGACUCCAGAGAUAGUGAAUCUCCAUACUACAGCUACGACCAAGAGUCUCAAGAGUAUUUUGUCUCUACACCUGAUGCCAAUCUGUCAGAGCCUGAGGAGGGUGGUGGUAUUGCAUCAUAUGGACAUUACGGAGUGGUGGACGACCUUUCAGAUGAAAGGUACUACCAGGAUGGGGGACUCUCAAGGAACAGAAUGUUUGUUGAGGAAAGCGAUAGUUGCAGACCUGCAUCAGACAGCCUGUACAUAAAGGGUGACUACUCCUUGGCGCGAGAGAGUUUCCCUGAGUGCAUUAUUGAAGAGGAGACCAUCCAUGUCUCCCCCACAGUACAGGAGUCGAUGCUUGGAUACCUGAGAGAGGAAACUCUGGACCCCAAAGAGCAGCUGAGGGGAGCCCUAGAGCAGCUCCAAGGAACAGUGUCAGGGAGCCUGAAAGAAGAGUUGGCGCUCUUCACAAGAGGCGGCAGUGAUAGUCCUCAGAACAUAUCUGUGGACAUCAAGAAAGUACACCAGUCCUCCGAUAACGGAACCACGACUAUCGUGGCAGAGCUCAAGAGCUCAACAACCCUGGAGGACUCUGGGCUGCUGGAGGAGCAGGGGGAUGAUGUAUCUGAGGAGCAGAUCAUGGCGGCUCUACGCUCCUCCAACUCCGGCCUUGGAGCAGAGGGAGGAUUCACCCUGGUCACAAAUGAGAUGGGCUGGGUGACUAGCAGUGAGGGACAGGGAGGAGAAUCCACGACUGAGGUCACUGAGAAGCACAUCAAGCUGGGGCCAUCAGAGAAGUCCUUUUCCUUCCAGAUGGAUGUGAAUAACGGCCAAGGACAGGAUCCCCCACUGAAGGUCACUCAUGAGAAAAGAGUUGCCACAGUCUAUCUUGAAUCUAAUGAAGAUGAGAUCUGAUUAAAAUUAGAUCAUUUUAUUACAUUACUCCCCAUAUUAAGCCACACACCUGUCAAUCAGUUGCAAUGAACAGUGAUGUGACGUCAUUAGUUGCGAUUCAUAAAUUGCGAUGCCUACAAUCAUGGUAAGAAUACAAAUUAUAGCCACUGCCUGUAUAUCAAAAAGUGAAAUAGCAUUGGUUACCCAUUUUCACACUGCUCUCUGCUUCCCUUUGAGAAUAUGUUAUAUUCAUUUCCUGCUAGAUACACUCCUCUAUUUAUUUAUACAGUGAAGCUAAAACAUUAAUGUGGCUCUAUACUCCAGCAUUUUGGAUUUGAGAUCAAAUGUUUUAUAUGAGGCGACAGUACAGAAUAUCACCGUUAAUUGAGGGUAUUUUCAUGCAUUGUAAGUAAGCAUUUCACUGCAAGGUCUACACCUGUUGUAUUCAGCAUUACACUGCAAGGUGAAAUCAUGGUAGCAUCCAAAUGAAUGUAGAGGUGUUCAGAAACAUUAUAUUAUUUUUUACCGUAAAAGUGGCUCAAAAUGACUCAAUACAUUAUGUACCAAUAAUUACAAUUAGGCACAACAUAAUCCAAAAAACGACCCAAAAAAACUUCAAAAUGCAUUAAACAAAUUUGUAGUCACAAGCUUGAUGUGACCAAAUACUAAACUUGCCUGAAUUUAAUACACUAUUAAUGACAUUUUCCAAAUUCUUAUCACAACUUCAAAUGGGGGGACUAGAUACAUAAAGUGCAUUCAUUUCUAAAUGGUAAAACAAAUAUGUAUGAAAAUACCCACAAAUAAAAGGUGACAUUCUUUACUGUCGCCUCAUAUAAAACAUUUGAUCUCAAAUCCAAAAUGCUGAUGUUUAGAGCCAAAUUUUAAAAAAGUAGCUUCACCAUUCAAAUAAAUAUGUAGGGAGUGUAUAUAUUUGUGUACUAACUUGUACUACACUGCUUAGGCCUCUCUUCCUUUUUGCCUGAGAUACUUUAACCAAAUAUGGAAUGAUGCUAAUAUACAUGUAUAUCCUUCAUUGUUAUGGUUAAGAUUGCAGUCUUAAAACAGGUUCAACAUGUAUGUAGCUAGAAGAAAAACGUAUACAUAUUGUUUCCUGUAAUGCCAUGAUAUUUGGAACCACAUUUAAAGCUAGUGGUUUGUUGCUGAGGGACUUCCUGUGGUUAAUAAGUGGAAUCAUCCAAUACAGUGCUUAUGAUGGAUAUAUUGGAAUGUGUUUAUGAUAGGGCAUAAAAGUAAGUGUAUCAUGUCUUGUCAAAUGAAAUCUACCCUCUAUGAAUCAUUUGAAUUGGAAAUACAGACAUUUUUUUAAACUGCAAUUUGUCAAAUCAAAUGGGGUGUUAUCGAGUGAUUCUGAUCACCACUUUGCAUGUUUGACAUUACUAAUACGUUUAAAAUAAUUGUCCCUCAAUUUUUUUAAAUAGUUUAUCCUUCCGGUUCCCUCACCAUGAUCUUUUAAUCUGUAAAUGGCUUUAGAUCGGCGAGAAGUAAUCCGGCCAUCUUGAAUUCCAAAGAGAGGUGUUUUUCUCUGCUUGUAGAGGCAGUGGUAGCAAGACAGACAGAGGCUUUAAACUAGGUGGAAAGAACUUGAGGAGUGACAGAGAGCUAGAGAGAAUGAGGAGGUAAGCAGAUGGUUAGUGUCUGAGAUGACACCUGUAUAUCUAAUUUUAGUAAACCACAGUACAUAUGAAUUGCCUCGGCAUGAGCCAUGUUGUGUUGGUGACCAGUGUCAGGAUUCACCUUGGCUCAGAGGUGAGUUAGUGUGUGUACCACCGUGGCUAUUUUAGGACCAGCGCACCAGCUUAGUAGCACUGCCUGUGUGUGUGUGGUGUGUGUCUGCGUGCGUGCGUGUGGAAAAACUAAAGCACCUCCAAUAUGACUUCACCCCACAACCCCGGUCUUCUUCCUCAAUAAGCUGCUUUAGAGUUCUUCUCUGCAACAGUGCAGAAACACCGAACACAGAUCUUUCACAUUAUGCUUACUUGGCACGGUCUUGUUAUAACAGAGCAUAAAGAGUGUGGAAAUACAAUAUAAUUGCUUUACAAAUUGUUUUGUGACAAAGCUGAAUGCAAAUGACCCAAAGUAGAGCACUUUAGAGUUGAAAGAUGUUAGCGAUAAACAAUGGUUUGUUGUUGUACUUAAGUGCCCAGAUACAUUAGAAAAAAGGUUUUGCCUUUCACAGUACAAGUCCUUAAACAUCUCUUUAGUGUGUGAAUAUAGCGUGAAAGACUUUUAUAAAACACCCCGUUUGGCCAAAACACUUACAUACUGUAGGUUCAUUUUGUGUUUAAGAACAUUAUCAAAAAGGCAGUCCUUUUUGAUACGCAACAUUAUAGGUGAAAUGAAAUCUCCAAACUACCCAAUGUGCCAUGUUUAAACACAAGAAUGGUGCAGUACACAUUGCAGUGCAAAAGAGCAUUUCAUGCCUCAAUUUUGAAUGUUUAAAAAGGGGAUGUGCUACCUUCAUGAUUCAUUGGUGUUAUUCGCAUAAUGCUUCAUGCAUUAGCCUACUUUAUUCUUAUUUUAAUAAAGAUGGGUGAAUUUAGUGAGAAUGAGUUUUCAACCAUUGUUUGGACACCUCUUCAUAUUGCAAAAACAAUUAAAUUACUACUUGAGUGUG